AUGCACGCUGCUCAGUUCUUCGGAACAAACGAGUACGCCAUCGACAUCACUUCCGACGCCAUCGCCAAGGGCGCCGAUGUCAACGUCAAGGACGCAGCUGGCAGGACGCCUCUGCACAUGGCCUCGGCCUACGGAGCCACCCCCAUCGCUUCCCUCCUGCUGGAGAAGGGAGCUGAUCCAGAUGUGCAAGACAACAUGGGCUUGACUGCCCUCCACAUGUCUGCUGGCUACGUCAGGCCUACCACAACUAAGCUUCUGAUCGAGAACGGAGCUGUAAGAGCCUUGCUCCUCUCCUUCUCUGCCCUCUCGUUGCUCUUGUCCCUCCUCCUCCUCCUCCUCCUCCUCCUGGUCUGA